AGUAAAAUGUGUUCCCGACUUUCUCGGGAAGUGUUUAUAAGUAGAUGGGAAGGACAAUAAAAUUUUUUCCAUUUUUGUUCCCCAAUAUGCUGUUCCAGAGGCGCUCGUUUGUCGCUGAACGGAUCAAGAAAUGCUCGAAGUUAACAGAGCUGGAACAUGUAUAUGCUUCCAUGAUUAAGACUGGUGCAACCCAAGAUCCUUUGCUGACGAACCAAUUUAUCUCUGCAUCUUCCAAUUUUUCACGUGUAGAUUAUGCGGUUUUAGCCUUUAAACAGAUAGAAAAUCCUAAUGUCUUUGUCUACAAUGCAAUGAUUAGAGGCUAUGUUAAUGAUGGUUAUCCUUACCAAGCUUUAGAGUGUUAUGUAGACAUGAUGAGGGCUAAAGUUUCCCCCACGAGUUAUACAUUUCCAUCAUUGAUUAGGGCUUGCACCUUAUUAUUUGUUCCGGGAUUCGGGGAAGCUGUUCAUGGCCAUAUUUGGAGGAAUGGGCUUGACUCACAUGUUUAUGUUCAGACUGCUAUGGUUGAUUUUUAUUCAAAGUUAUCCAGAAUCAAAGAUUCGAGAAGGGUGUUCGAUGAAAUGUCGGAAAGAGAUGCUUUUGCAUGGACUACGAUGAUUUCGGCUCAUGCUCGAGCGGGUGAUAUGGAUUGCGCAGCUAAAUUGUUUGAGAGAAUGAGUGAAAAGAAUACAACCACUUGGAAUAGCAUGAUUGAUGGAUUUGCUAGAUUAGGGAAUUUGGAGUCUGCAGAGCUGCUGUUCCAUCAAAUGCCUGCAAGGGAUACAAUUUCAUGGACAACCAUGAUCACGUGCUAUUCGCAUAACAAGAAACACAGAGAAGCUCUGGCAGCGUUCGAAGAGAUGACGAUGAAUGGUAUCAGCCCCGAUGGAGUGACGAUGGCGACUGUCGUUUCUGCUUGUGCCCAUCUUGGAGCUCUUGAAUUGGGAAAGGAGAUGCAUCUUUAUGUAAUGCAAAACGGGUUUCAUCUUGAUGUUUUUAUAGGAUCUGCAUUGAUUGAUAUGUAUGCCAAGUGCGGGGCAUUAGAUAGAGCUCUUCUAGUUUUCUUCAAAUUGCGUGAUAAAAACCUGUUCUGCUGGAAUUCAAUCAUUGAAGGACUUGCAGCUCAUGGGUAUGCAGAAGAGACGCUGGCGAUGCUUAGCAAGAUGGAAGAGAAGAAUAUCAAGCCAAAUGGGGUUACCUUCGUUAGUGUUCUAAGUGCCUGCACUCAUGCAGGGCUUGUUCAAGAAGGCCGCAAGAGGUUUUUAAGCAUGACGAAUGAUUAUUCAAUCACUCCGGGGGUCGAACACUAUGGGUGCAUGGUUGAUCUACUCAGCAAAGCUGGAUUGCUUGAAGAAGCACUAGAUUUAAUAAGAAGCAUGAAAGUUACACCCAACUCUAUUAUUUGGGGGGCCUUGUUGGGCGGAUGUAAGCUUCAUAGGAACUUGACAAUUGCUCAGGUUGCCGUUAAGGAACUAAUGGUAUUGGAACCAAACAACAGUGGUUAUUACCACCUUUUAGUUGACAUGUUUGCUGAAGUAAAUCAAUGGGGAGAGGUUAAAAAGAUUUGGGCAAUCAUGAAGGAACUUGGGGUGGAAAAGAAAUGUCCGGGAGCAAGUUGGAUUGAAAUGGAAAGAAGCAUUCACCAGUUUGCGGCAUCUGAUAAUUCUCACCCGGCAUCUGCUGAAAUUUACUCGUUGUUGGCUUGGUUAAAUGGGCAGUUAAAACUUGCAGGCUAUGUUCCAGAUCUCAGUUAACAUAAGUUACAUCCUUCACAUUGAGAAAUGAUGAUGCUCGCAAAAAGAAUGGAUAAUGCUGGUGCAGCAAACCGCGCUGCAGAUAUGGAUAAGCAAAUAGUUGGGUGAAUCCAACAAAAAGAAUUAGCAAUCCAGGCACCCGCGCCCACAUGUGACCCAGAUAUAUCACAAAGAUCCAGAAGGAAAUCACAUCCUUGCCUCUCCAAUCCAUUCUCUGGGG